GGAUUACAGCUAUCUGUUUAAACAGCUGCAAUAAUUGUUUUAAUCAUUAGCUACUUCUUGCCUUAAGUAAGUUUCCGAAAUUACUACUUCCAAAAUAAUGUUUUCUUUGAAAGUGGUUAGCGACCAAAACAAAUCAUAUGGACAGGGAAUAUGACUGUGUCACACAGGUUAGUAAAACAACUGAUGGAUCGAUUACCAGUCGGUGAACGUGGUCUUGAGACAAACAUCGUAGACAUCGUCCCAGCCAACAGCAGCUUACACCUUGGAUAAAUCAUUGUUUAUCAUUUGUGGACAUGACAGCGAGUCGUCUGGUUAUUUUGCUGUUGACAGCACUCUAUUUUCUGUUUUUUCGGCCGUCAACAUUGGGGCAAGAAAUAAGAAUUGGAGCCUUGAUUCCAUGGAACGGAACGUGGCAAGUUGGACCAAGAAUGGCUUCCGCUUUGCUUGUCGCUUUCGACACGAUUAAAUACAAAAUGAACCUUCUUCCAGAUUAUAACUUAACGUACGAAUGGAAGGAUAGUGAAUGCAGCACUGGAGCCACCCUAAGAGCAAUGGCUGACUUGCAAGCAAAAAUACCAAAUAUACACGCUUACAUUGGACCGGCAUGUUCCAUUGGCUGUUUGCCGGGAGGUUUUCUGGCAGCGCACUGGAAUAAUCCUAUGAUUUCUUUCGGUUGUGGUGAGUCCACUUUAUCAAACAAACUUAAGUAUCCUACGUUUGUUCGAACGGUUGGUACGUACGUAGAAACUGGAAAGUUUUUCCUCGAAAUCAUGAAAAUUUAUAACUGGACCCAAGUUGCCAUUGUGUCCUCCACAGAGAGUAUUUGGUCGCAAACUGCUAGUUUUAUAAAGGAAGAAAUCGACGAUGUCAAAGGUGGUGGAUUUUCGGUGUCAUAUUUUCAUGUAUUUAGCCCAGGCAUUACAACAGAUGAACAACUAAAGGGCAUGUUUCGUUCCGCAAGAGAAGUGGCCCAUGGUAAGUAAGAAAUUUUCCUAUCAAAUGGUUCAAAGUUUAAUAUUCUAACUGGAUUAAUAUCACGAAAAUAACCUGAAUUUUGCGGUGACAAAAAGAAAAACAUAAACAAAGUCAUUUUCGCGGCACUGUUUGGUAAUGAGUCAUUUGAAUAUGUUCCUAAUGUUUUGUCGCUUUGUAUCAUUAUGCAUAAAGGACAAAAAAAUAUUUCAAAGCUACAGCUAUUAAAAUUGUCAUCAUUUUUAAGUCUUAAAUCCACUUUAAACAGGAAAUUUUUUUGCUAACCCCUUGUCAAUGCACAGCAUUUAAAAAAAGAUCGUGGUUGUGGUGUCGAUUUUUCCAUGAUUUCCGUGACAGAGAUUAAUUACUACAAUUACGGUUUCAUGCGUCCACCAUGGAAAUCUUAUUUAUGCUUUAACAAGAAAAUUUAAUAUUAUUUAUCUCAAUUAUUGCUGAAAAGAAAAAUUAAUUUGACCAAAAAUUUCAGUCCGGCUUUUUUUUUUUUAAUAAAUGAACACUUCUCCCGGACGUCUUUGGAUCAUUGAUUUUCGAACAGACGGCGAAUGUAACUUUACAUUCGGUAUUCUGUAUGGAAGGUAACAUCUAGUCACCUAGUGACUUCGAAAGGAAGUCCCACACCAGGAAAACUCUCUAUGUGAUCAAAGUGCCUACUUUGUUUCAAUACCAAAAUCAAGGGGCGCCUAAUCAAAUGAACUAUAGGGUACCGGACCGCAUGUGGGAACACUUGAAAACGGGAACACUCGAAUGACCUAAAAUUAUGCAUUGAAGUGUUUUCAUUCGAUAAAUUUAGUAGCAAAAUAUUUAUUUUUUAGGCAAAUGACUUAAUCAAAAAAUAAUCCCCAAAACUACAAAUAGAUUCGCUACUGUCCCAACGAAACAACAUCUAUCUUUGAAAACCUGGAAAACAGCCUUUCACCAAAUGUCGUGUUUUAAAACCACUCCAGCCGAGUUGUAUAAUUUGAACCAUUGACAUUUACCGGACGUAAUUUCGUGCCAAACUCCGCGUUUGCCAAAAGCAAUUUAAACUUUUGUCGUUUUUAUUGACACGUAUUAUUAAAUCUGAUAGCGAAUUAAAUAAACAAAGGCUGGUAAUAGCGACGGAAAGCAAACGUCGGUGCAUAAUUAUAUAUUUUGAGACAGAAAUGCCCUAAAAUUUCGAAAAGAAGCCCCUCAGAAUAUGAGCCAAAAGUAAUUCGAGACGUGAAAAAGGUUCCAGUUCAGACCCUCGGCCUAAUAUAGCCUUCAAGAUGGGUACCUAUAUUAAAGAAUUCACUUCUUAAAUGCAAAAUAAGCCAUAAAUGAGUUUUCACAUGUUAGGUUUCUAUUAAAAGCCUGGAGUUGCUUUAAGUAAGCGAUGCUUUCUCAAUUGAUCUGCUCUCUUUUGUUUUUUCCGAAUUCAAUGGGGAUGAAAGUUAAAUAAAAAGAAAAAGUUCCAUGACAGUACGUGUAUAAACUGAAAGGAAAAAAUUCUUGCUCUCUACUGUAAACGUGCUUGAAAAUUUAAAACCGGAGUUGUUUAUGGAACGCGAGAAGAAUAUUUUAAGAUAAUUGGCUUCACUACUCCUCUUUAGUGCAAAACAUUUACAUAAUACUAUUGAAAGGAAUCAUUAAGGUUUUAAUUGGCACAGGAAAAAAAUUGUAGUUAUUUUUAGUGUAUACAAUUUAGCAAGUUACGGGGAUUAAUGCUUCCUGACAGGCGUAUAAAUUGAAAAUGGGUAGAAGACUUACUAAUUAAUCAACAAUCUUAACAACUUAAUUUGAAUACAAAAGAGUUGGUUUUAGUUUAAAUAAAUAUGGCUCACUUGUCUAUUUUCACUUUUGUUUUUUCCCUUUUUAACUUGGCAAAGGAAAAAUUUCAGGCUAUUUUUAGUGUAAUUUAGCAAGCUACGAAGGUUUAUUUUCAAAUGCGUAUACAUUGAAAAUGGAUAGAAGACUUACUUAUUCACAGACAACCUUAACAAGUUAAUCUGAAUACAACUGGAGUUGGUUUUAGUUUAAAUAAAUAAAGCGCACUUGUCUAUUUUCACUUUUGUCAGUUUUUUUUCCUUUUUAACUUGGCAAAGGAAAGAUUUCAGGCUAUUUUUAGUGUAAUUUAGCAAGCUGCGAAGGUUAAUUUUCAAACGCGUAUACGUUGAAAAUGGAGAGAAGACUUACUUAUUCACAGACAACCUUAACAAGUUAAUCUGAACACAAAAGAGUUGGUUUUACUUUAAAUAAAUACAGCGCACUUGUCUAUUUUCACCUUUGCUUUUUUCGUUGUUAACUUGUCGUUUUUCGGUCUUUUUCAACCUUGUGUGACAUCACCUAUUCGAGGAUAGAUCAAUCUUCGGAUGAUAAGAAAAAUACCUGAUUACUGACAUCAUGCAAAGAGGGUCUCGGCUGUUGUGUCCGUACAGUGCUUGAGAAAAUGGCGGAAAAUUUCGCACGCUUUGCGGAUGCAAUAUAGCUGAAUUACAUCCUCAAAACGAUAGCAGACCGCAAGAAACAGACAACACGAAAUGAAACACAUUCGUUCGUUUUUAUGAAACUGCCCCGAAAGAGGCAUAUGUUUUUAAAACAAUUUAUUUAAAGGUUAGCACAUUGUGCAAUAAAACAUUUUUUGUAUUCAGCUUUCGUUAUAUGAUUUGAAUAAUUAUGCAAAUCUCGUAGUUUGUGUCCGUCUUAGGGCCUGUGUACAUGGAGGUGGGGUCCUCAGCUAGGUGAGGUAACGCACCUGUCCAUGUAACCUCUCAUCUUAAUUUGAUCACAUUUACAUAAUAGGCGGAGUGACCCGCCAAGGCGGGUAGCGCAGUCUGCCAGACUGGGUAACCCUCUCAAGGGAGUGUCAAAUUUUGCCAUGUGAACGUUUAAAGGUGGGGUAACCCGCGUAGCCGGGGUCGAAUUCGUGAUACAUCAAAUUCGGGCAAAAUUCACUUUGGUGGCUUUGCAUCAUUAUUAAAGGUAACAAUAUAAAGCCACAGUACUGAAGGUUGCAGCAAGAGCAACAAAUGAUUGUAGAGGAGCAUUAAUCGCCCAAACAAGUGCUGUGCCAGCAUUUUUUCUUGUUACGUGCUUAGCGACCUUUCAAUAAUCUUGAGAAAGUGCACCCUGGGAUGGAGGGGUUGUAUGAUUGCUUGUAAAGGAACGUUAUUUUUUUACCCCUCCAAAGUGGGUUACCUCCCCUACUUGGGGUCCCCCACCGCCAUGUAAACAGGCCCUUAGGCGGAAAUAGCCUUCUUGAUCUGCAUAGUUAUUCACAUCAUGCUCACCCUCAUCCAAUAAUUACUAAUUAUGCUCUCUACAUCCACUUCUUAGUGUUUAUUCUCCUGGGUUAUGGAACUUCCGUAAGGCAAAUGAUGCUCAACUUGUACGACUUGGGAAUGGUAACCACAGGGUUCGCCUAUUUUACGUUUGAUAUAACUAUUGACAGCUGCAAAGGGAAUGACGGAAGGGAUAAAGAUGCAUGUGAAGCGUUUGAGGGCAUCAUGGACAUUUCCAACUACAUUCCUGCUACCCCAGAAUAUAAGGCCUUCGAGAAAAAAGUUCGACAAAAAAUGCCCCUGUUUGCGGGACUUGGAUAUCAUAUGCCCCCAGAUGAGGAGGUAAGUUAGUCUUAAUUUCUUUGCUUUCACUUAACAAGAGAAUAGAGCGGUAGCCUAUAGUAGCAAAGGUUGCUUUCUAUCCCUGUAACAUAGCGUAGCGGGAGAGAAUCUCAUUGUCUGUUGAGCGUAGCUGUUGCUUUAAAACAAAACUGUGCCCUUCUCAACAAACAAAAAGGAGGGAAAGAAAAAAAAAGAGAGAACAUCAUAUUCGCACUGCGUAGCCUGGGUUUGAUCCAAAGUUCGGGUUUUAAAAGUAAAUCAACUGAAAACAAUGACCACACUAGACAACUCCGCGAUUUUUAUGUUACGCAUGCGCUUAGCAGCAUCAACCGAGAAGCAACAGCCAUGGAUCUGUUUUGACUUCGUAUAGCAUGGCAUAGCCGACCAUCUGACGAAACUGGAAUCAAAAGUCCACCUAUCCGUCUGCCCAGGCAAUAAAGAUCUGCAUACAUUUUUUCUUCUCAUUUUCGUAGACCCUUUUUUCUGACGAUUCUAGGGAGAAAUUUUUUCAAAAAAAAAACUAAAACUCAUCAUAGCAUCAGGGAACGCUUUGAUUUGGCUAUUCAAAUCAUCUCAAUUCUGAAUACUGAUCAGAGGAUAAAAAGACAGCAGCUCCAAAACACUUUCAAUUAUGGCGAGCUACUCAUGCAUCGACAUGCUGGAAAUUCGCUCCACACGUACAAAAGAGAAAACAAAAUCAGGUAAGGGCGGGGAGUGAGUAAUACCUUCACCCUUCAGAACAGUCCGAGAUUAUCAAUAAAAGCACUGCCUCUAACUUCUGCUUUUAAGUGAUUAUUGCUUCUAAUCGAAAAGGCGAAGUCAUUUUUAAGCUGCUUGAUAAGUGAUUCGCUCUUUUUUUUGUGAGAAUGUUAGCAGAGUUAACCAAAACUCUUAGAAGGCGCACUCUUGAUUUCUAUCAGUGUUUGUCAUUCGUCCACUGUUAAAUAUGCCACUCUUUUUGCUGACUUUUAGGUCGACAUUUUUGCUGGCUUUCUGCACGAUGCUGUCGUGCUGUACGCACUUGCAGUCCAUGAAAUUCUACAAAAAGGAGGGAAUUUCACGGAUGGGAGAGCACUUAUGGCGCAUUUAACAAACAGAAGUUUCGAAGGUUUGUAAAAUCUCAUCGUUACAAUAGCCGCGUACGCCACAGUAUAACCGGCCACCGGUAGCGACGUUCAUUUUUUUUCUUUGUUACGCGGAAAGUCAAUGGAAGACCUGUUCAAGAUGGUGCCAGCCGGCUGCCUUCUGACAAUUUCGAAAAAAACCGUCAAGAUUAAAUGGCACAAAGUCUUAAAGGGUGUAAUGAGAAUCUGAAUGCGACAAAAUUUAUUGUUUAUCUUACAACUUGCAGGAAUUUCUGGGCCGGUCUUCAUUGAUGAAAAUGGUGACAGAUCAUUGAGUCUCCAAAUGAAAAACUUUCACAAUGGUAAACUGUUUCAUAUGGCUAGCUACUUUCGUCGCACGGAAAAACUGGAAAUUUUGAAUGUAACAACUUAUUGGCCUGGUGGAAGUGUAGUUGCUCCACUGGGAAGACCCGAAUGUGGAUUCAACGGGGAGUUUUGCCCUCCUCCAGGUAGGUGCAAUAUUAUUUAAUGGAUUAGUGGAGUUAGGGUGUGUUCGAUUGAUCGUAUUUCGUAGCAAGAAUACACAAAGGUUUUGUUACAAUCUCAUGUGCCGUGAGUUAUGGACCACUUAAACUCUAAAAAAAACAAAAUAUUUUACUUGAAGCAUAUUUGUAAACAUCAUAAUGCAAUGAAUGCUAAUGCCACCGUAACUUUAGCUUAAACAAUGUUAGGGUGGAGCUUGAAUUCGAGUUUCCUUGAAUAUAAGUUGAAUUUUUAAUGAACAGGGCACAUCCUGGAAGUUUUUACCAUCAUGCUCAAUUCUCAAAUUGUACAUUUGUUAUUUUUGCCAGAAAUUUGGAAGAUUGCAGUGUACAUUACGUCAGGAUUUCUGGGAAUAACAAUUCUUUUACUUGCUCUUCUCUUUUAUUACAAGUAAGUGAUUAAAGAGGGGGAUGCUAAUACAGCUGUACAACGACCCAGGGGCUAGUUACACAAUAAUUGUCGGACGUAACAGAUAAUAUUCGACGUCCAGUUCAGUCAAACUCUUUGUUUUGCUCGAGACGUUAGCAUUUGCAUCUGAGGUUAGGUUUCAUGUGGCUGGUCCCAGUUGUCCUAUUGUACUCAUGUGCCAGGACCAUUUCACUUCGGUUAAAGACACAAGUUUGGAUUGGUAAUUAUAUAUAGUCUUUUCUCAAAUAUUUACGGCUCGAAGGACGACACAUGAUUAGUUCGGAACAAAAUUUUUAAUCACCAAAUAUUGCAGCUCAGGUUAUCAAAUGAGUGCCAUGCCACGUUUAAUAUGGGUCAUUCAUCAUGCGAGACGUUGGAUGAUAAAAAAUUCUUUGAAAACUAGAUGCUACAUUUUCUCUUGCAAAAAGCGUUGAACGAUGGUUAACUACAAACAUUAACCACAAAGGACUGCAUGUUUAACUGUUAUUCCUAUUCGCCAGUUGCAUAUCUCCCAUACUACACCUUGAUUUCCCCUCCCACCGAAGUUUUGGAUAAGCACUGUCUGUCAAUUUUUCUUGGGACGACUGUAAGAGAAAUCAAAGAUGUGCAAAUAGUAAAUUAUAUGCACCAAGAAAUGUGAGAUAAAAGCGGCCAUUUUAUUGACGUCACAGUCUCAAAAUUAAGUAUCGCCAUUGUAUAAUUUCGCAAUAAAAAAUGGUGAAAAUAAAUGCAUUGAUUAUUCUAUUUUUUCAAUUUAGGAGAAAAGCGUUCCGGGCAUCACUUUUGAGCCAGCAGUGGAAAGUUUUGUCACCAGAAGUGAGGUUUACAAGGAGACCUUUGGAUACCCGAAGUAUAGUAAGAAAACAAACAAAAUGUCACCACUGUGUACCGCCCGAAAAAAAAUGAAGCUUAUGUUAUUAUUUGAAUCACGACUGGAGAGAAACAUGUAACAUUCGUCAUAUCAGAAAUGUGGAGCGCAAAAAGCAGUCUGAUUACCCAGUGGGCUUCAAACCCAUGUCAUCCACGAUACGUGUCAGCCGCUCUAUCCACAGAAUUUAUGAAUAUUAAAAUUACGAUAAAUAAAGACACAAGAGGCAAAAUAGACUGUUUGUUUAGACUUGACUUAAACGAUGAUUGAAGAAAACUCUGGAGUUAUCGACGUAUUUUUGGCCGCCUUAAAAUGGAUUUUUGAUCAUCAGCCUUUCAUUUCGUUUAAGGGGGACCUUAGAAAUAAAAUGUCUUUAGCUGACAUCUAUAAAUGCUGAUGUUACAACAACAGUAAUGAUGCGAGAUAAUGAUGAUUAGAAUGAUGAUAGUGACAAUAACGGUCAUUAUUCUAACUGUAAAGAAGCAGUAGGUGAGCGUCCUAUGACAAAAAAGUUAGAGAAGUAACAAAGUAUAUAUUUAUUGUUCAGAUUUCAAGCAUGUAUGGUGGAAGUUCUGCCGAAGGUAGCAUGAUUUCACGACAGAAUAGUCGAACUAGUGCUGACUUUGAUGAUUUUAGAGGACAAAUAUUCACUUGUGUGGCAGUCUAUAAGGUUUGUUACUUUGUUACUUCUUAAGGUGUUUCGAUACAGUUUUCCAGGGGCCAUAUCGAUAUUUUUCAAUCGCAUUAAAAGUGGUUUUUUCCUUGUCCGAUCGCUAUAAAAUUUUCACCAGUAAUUGGCUAUGGAUUGGAAUUUGUGAAAAUGAAGUUUUAAGUAAAAUCGAUAUUACUAUGACAACAAUAAACAAAAACUUUGAAAUUGAUAAAAGCCGAAUUUUGUUUGAUCUAGACCAACCUCUGAAAAUCCAACACUAGGAACUUAAAGUUUGGUGUUUAGCAAACAAUCUCCUUAUUCGACUGAAAUGAAAAUCUAUUGCGAACCUUAAAUUUUCAAUAGACGUGUUAGAUUAGUUACUAAAAACGUUAUAGAUUACUCAAAUUAUUCUUAAGUAGCGUCAAAAUGCUGCUUAAUAUCAUGUUUUGAUGUUAGCAAAUUUUGGUGUGUUUUCGUUCUUGCGAGCUUGAAAACUAACCCGUUUUCUCAUCACCUGUAUAAGUGCAACUGAAGACUUAAACUAACUGAUAAAUCUAUUAUAUAAUAAAAAAAUUACCAAAAGUUUUAUUAGUGUUCCCCAGUUUCAGCAUUAACAUUAUAGAAACUUUGCAACAUUUUUGACAGAGAGGCAAUUGCGUUUCGUUGUGGUUUGUAGUCUUGUUAAAACACUGUUUACUUAUUAAUCUCAUAAUCAUUGCCUAGACAUUACAUUGCUGCAGGCCCAGCUCACCACUAUGGGUAAUCUUUUUAGACCUUGGUAAUCAUUUCUUUGACUUUGUUUUCACAGUCUAUUGUUGUGGCGGUUAAGAAGCUGAGGAAAACACACAUAAGCCUUUCAAGAGAAAUUCUUAUGGAAUUAAAGGAAGUAAGUUAAAUGAGCCAACGAUACCCCCAAUGAGAUUGCAGAAAUGCAUAUUUAGCGGGAAAUAAAUCAAAUAUCCCUCUCUAAGGAUAUCUAACAAAUAGACCUUAUUCACGAUGCCCGCCAUCUUUGCACCCGCUUAAGGACUGAGGGGAUAAAAGCGAUGUCACCUGGUUUCUCAGGAGUCAAAUAAGUGAUAAAUUUUUCCAAUACAAGAAAUCGUGUUUGUUUAUUCUUGACAACAGACUUAAAUAUAUGCUGUAAAAUGAAAUGUGACAAUUUGAUUCAACUACCGGUACGCUCUUCCGUAUCCAGCUAAGACUAUGUUCAAACUAUACCGACACAAAAACGCUCCUGGUAUAUUGUGAACAGCAUUGGCCAUGGGGCGGCACAAGUCAUUCACACACGCCAUAGUAGAUUGGACUGGUUAUGAGAGUCCGCAAGCUUUGAAGAGCGAAACAAUAGAGUCGUCUCUGAUUUUGAUCGUAUCUGUCACGUGAUUGCGAUGGUGCACAAACUCAAACACACUCUCAAAGAUGGCGGAUGCAAGAGGCGAUUUAAAACAUUCUUGACGAAGUUGAAGCACUACAGGAAAGAUUUUAGUAGCCCCCCUCCCCUCUACUAACUAUGCACACAUCAAACAUCGUGCCGGCGCAGUUGACCGAGGGGGUUUGGUGCACUAAAUUCUAGUCCUCACUCCUAAAUAUUUACUUCCGUCACAGUAAUCCAGUGCUCUCUCCCACUUAUUUACUUAUUUCCCACUUAGUUGCUUCCACGGCGAUGCAAAUUUGUGUUCACAUUGCACCAAAGAAUGGAUCAAAAUCGAUCCCACAUGUGACACUCCACUUACAAGAUCGGCACGGCGCGGCGCGACUUCAUUUCGUCGCAGAAACUGCGCUGAAAUCUCCGUUCUUGUAUGUGGACAGAAGUUCUAUCCGGUAGGAUUUUCGUGGUAGUGCAAAAACCAUCAGGUAUAGUCCUAGUGUGAACAUAACUUAAAGGUAGAUUUUCUUGUUCCAACUUUCUAUUGUUUUAUUGUCUUAGGUAUUUGACCUACAACAUGCAAAUAUCAAUCGUUUCAUUGGCGCAUGCGUAGAUUCGCCAAAUAUAUGGGUACUAACGCAGUACUGUAACAAAGGAAGCCUACAGGUGACUAAUGCAUUACUUUAUGACUACAAAGCUAAGAUUAGUUUUAUGCGCAUGCUCAGACGUAAUGACUAAUGAAUAAAAUGAAAAGUUUGCUUUCUUAAUAGUUUCUUCCUCUAAUUUUUUAGUUUUGAAAGUCAAGCUUGAGAUGUUAUCAGUUGAGCAAAAAAAAAUUGCGACAACAUGAAGCGACAUCUAUCUAUAUAUACUUUUUGGUCUCACUAAAGAGUUGUCUUUUUUCCACAUUUAGGAUGUUUUAAACAAUGAGAAGAUGAAGUUGGAUUGGAUGUUUCAAAUAUCAUUUGCUUCGGAUAUCGCAAGAGUAAGAAACUAUGCACAAAGCUUGUUGCAUGUUAACACCAAUUAACUUUAACUUAAACGUGUCAGAACUUACACUUCAUUGUUUUAUAUUGGUUUUACGUUGGUUUUUUAUCUACAACGUUUUUUUCAGGUUUCUUUUAAAGCUUUGUUCUUGUAAAAUAGUGGACAAAACAGGGGCGAAACAUUUGAGUUCAUCAAAAAUUUGUGAGAAAUUCGUUAAAUUGUUUUUUCAUUAUAUUUAAGGCAAAGCCUUAAUAUAUACAUCCCGGCAAUUUUGCCACGUAGAGAGGGGCAAUACACUCAAUCAAUCGAAAAAAAAGCUUGACCCAUACAACCUGUGUUUUUUGUGUAUAUGAAACGCGUCAAAUAAGGGAAACGGUGGCUUGUGACUCAAGCAGGUCCUCAUUAAAAAGGCUAGACCUUUUUCUUGAAAAGCCUCUUGAUUUACAAUUUGUUUUUGAAAUCUCUUUAGGGCAUGAGUUUUCUGCACAAAAGCACCAUAGGUUGCCAUGGAGACUUAAAGUCCUCUAACUGUCUAAUAGACAGCCGGUGGGUUUGUAAAAUAAGUGAUAUUGGACUCGAGAAGUUUAAAGGAGGACAGAAGUCUGAUCCAAGUAUUGGAAUUGACGCAGAAUAUAAUGGUAAAUACCAGGAACCAUCCAUAUUCAAUAUCUCUAGCCUUAACAUCUUUACACGAGUAAAAUAACGCGAGGAUUCGCUGUACUUUUCCGUGGUCGAUUUGAUGUGCAGGACUAUUGGUUGCACCGUGGUUGCUUACGAUUGGUGCAUUACAAAACUCACUCAAGGUAAUCAGUAGCUUAUUGAUACCAUCGCCUGAUAAAGACUAGCACUGUGCGGUCGAAACGUCGCGAUCAAUAACAAAGUGACUGUCUUUAGUAAAACGACAUAAACAUUUCACGGUGAACAACAUCUUUUUUUAUAUUUAUCAGUAUGAAUUAUAUAAAACAUUGCAGGUCUGUUAUGGCGUGCACCAGAGCAUUUAGAAGGAGUAAACAGUGCAUCCAAGUCACAACAAGGAGAUGUAUACAGUUAUGGCAUUAUAGCACAGGAGAUUCUACUAAGAGAUCUUCCAUAUUGCAAAAACGACGUUAUGGACGCGAAGAGUACGUCCUUAACAUUACCUUUUUAAUAGUUAGUAUUUAGCUAUAUCAAUGAAACGGCUGCUGAAAUAAAAAUUUAAAUCAUAUUUUUUCUUCCUCUUUUAAGAGAUCUCCCCAUAGGAGGAGAUUAGAAACCUUAAGAUGUGAGUAAAAGUACGAAAAUGUGCCCCGAAGAGGCCCUCCCCAUAAUGCACAAGUUUACAGGCUAGGAAAUCUGUCGCCCAGGUGUUUAAAGAGCCGUCAGUAAAAUAUUUCAAACAGGUGCACCCUGUGGUAGUAUCUUUGUAAUUACUUAUUUCCUUCCGCUAAUUGGUUCAUCAACUUUAUUCAAAGGAUUGAGAAAAGGGGUGCAGUGUGCGUAAGUAGAUAGGAAAAGGGAGGAUACCAUUUUUAAAUAGAAGCUAUUCUCAAGAGGAUGUCUUUUCAGUCAAGAAUAGUAAAUUUCGGGACGAAGCCCCUUCCCCCCCCCCCCCCCCCCUUUCUCCCCGGUCUAAAUCUUUGUCCAGUACCUCUAGAGGAGAGGGAUCUUAAAACAAUUUCUAAAUAUCUUCUUUUACCUUCAUACGGUUUCUUUGGCUACGAGGACAUUUUCCAAAUAAACAAGACAAUUUAAUUACCUUCUUUUCGUAUGUUUUAACCAGAGAGUUUCUCGUUAAGUAUGUGCUAUCCGCCUAAGAAAGGUUCCCCUUUACAGAGGGUUUUAAUCAGACACACGGCAUUAAGACUUUCCUUGUUGAUGAAAUUUUCAAAUUUUUGUCUGCAGCAAUUGUUGUCAGAGUGCAGGGGAGAGAGAAUCCUCCAUUCCGUCCCGUUAUACCAAACAGUUAUAAUGAUAGCUUCUUUGUGAGAAUGAUGCGGUCUUGUUGGGAUGAAGAUCCAGUUAUUAGGCCGAAAUUUAGUGACAUUCUUCAAACAAUCAAGAAAAUAAAUAAUGGAAAGUAAGUUCAUUGUGGUAAGAGGGGAGAAGUUAGUAAGAUGCUUAUUACAGACGUUUGCUUGGCUUGGGUUAAGAAGAAUCACUCGCCUCCCCCAGCUACCCUGGGUGAGCCAACUUUUCCUUCAUUUCCUUACAAAGUAGACACAUUGAAUUCUGCAAAGCUGAUCGUACUACGUGAAAAUUAACUUUGCAAGACAUCAACACGACACUGAAAGAAUCCAAAACGGAUCCAGCGCAGGUUGUAGCCGUAGACAGCUGUUUCGCCAUUAUCGUGUUUUCUGUUUUGGGUUCUUUCGGUGUCGUGUUGAUGUCUUGCAAAGUUAAUUUUCACGAGGUACGAUCAGCUUUGCAGAAUUCAGUGUGUCUACUUUGUAUAUUAUUGCCCUUCAGGUCUUCUCCGGUAGAUUCAAAGUUCUGCGGCAUAUUCGUUUACGGUCCUUUGCAGUCAAUUUUCCUUACAAAUCUUAGUGAGCCGUUUACAUCAUCGAGAAACAAAACUUUGCCUGAUCGGCGAAAAGGGGCGACCCACCUAGCCGGGUCACCCUCUUAGACCGACAACUUUUCCAGACAUAAACACUUUGGCUCGCCCAGUCGGCUCAACUCGGUCAAAGCAAGACAAAUCAAAGCAUGCGAGAGCGCUGUUGUCAGCUUUUGGCUCAGGUAAAGAAGUCAUGACAACUUUAUUCUCAACUUUUUUUCCAUAAAAAUGGGGCCUAAGAGAGGGUAGUAGGAACGUAAAAGAUCAGACAAAUCACACCGCCAAUACAUGCCUUACAAGUUUUUCAGGGUUUUUCAAAAUCAAGCAUCGGAAUUGGAUUUUUGGAUUUUUGGAUUUUAAGUUGGAUUUUUGUACCAAUAAAAGACGAUAUAAGGGGGAUGUUUGCUUUUAAGAAUAUAUUGCGCAAUUCAUGUUGUUUUUGUUUCUACUGACAGAGAGAUCAACAUCAUGGACAAUAUGAUUGCAAUGAUGGAAAAAUACACAGAUCAUCUGGAAGAAACAGUACUUGAAAGAACACAACAACUCGAGGAGGAAAAGCUAAAAACCGACGCUUUGUUAUACAGAAUGUUACCAAAGUGAGGAUUUUUGGCUAAUAAUGAUAUCAUAGCUUUCGUGUUUCAAUAUACUUUGUUGUUACCUUUGAGGGCUUGGCUCUAAUGUUGUUAUAACUUUUGGUUUGUAAUUCAUGACAUUUGGACUGAGAUUCAAAACUAAAGAAAGAGUCUGUUGUUUCAAAUCUUCUAACGCGCCAAAACUCCCUUAAAUUAUUUACCAAGUCACCUUUUUCAGUGAUUACCUUAUUGGUACUCAAUUUCGCGGGUCUUUAAUUUCGCGUUUUUCGCGAUUGCAAAAAAAUCGCCAAAAAUAAAUCCUCUCGAAAUUUAAGCUCGCGAUCUUAAAUCACAGCAAAAAAAAUAUUUUGACUUGAAAUAGCAACAACAUAUACAGCAUAUGUAUCGACAAUAUGACUUGUUAACUGAUCAUACUGGUAAGCUGCGUUCUCUAUCUUCAGUAGAUUAAGUAAUUUAGAUUAUUAGUAAUUUGAAAUUAUUAUCGAUCCUAUGCAGGAGUGUAGCAGAGCAGUUAAAACGCGGUGAACCAGUGACAGCAGAAACUUUUGAUCAGGUCACCAUAUUCUUCAGUGAUAUCGUCGGCUUUACUUCACUGGCCUCUGAUAGUAAACCAAUGGAGGUAACUCACCAUCUAAACCAGGGACUAGUUAAACAGAAAUGUUGGCUUUAUUUUCUCAAGGCAAACCCUCCUAGUCCUUUGAUUAAGCUAGGGAAGAGUUUUAAGCGACGCGAAAGCAGCGGCUUUUUAUUUUUUUUUGGAAAUUCUGAGUUAAUAAGUUCACUCUGCCUUUUCUUUUCAUGUCUUUUUACGAGGUGCCACGUAGGAGCGAGACCUUAAUAACUGACAAGUAAAGUUCAUGAGAAACAUUUUUUAAACAGUAAAGUGACAGAACUAAAUGAGGCUAGUUUUCGUACAACACAUAGCACUAAAGUGGUGUUAAUGAUGAAUUGUUGAUAAAAUGUAUUGAGAGAAAACUUUUUUUCUUCACAGAUCGUAAAUUUACUAAAUGAUCUUUAUACCUGCUUUGAUAACAUCAUUGACUGUCAUGACGUUUACAAGGUAAUCAUAAAUGAUCCUGAAUUCUAGAUUGUUAAGUUAUUAUUGGAAUGCCCGCGCAAUGCUCGCGCUUCUAUACAUAUCUGCGUCACUUCAGUGUUUUAUCAAGGUAAAAUGUUUUACUUGUUCACAAUUUCGUCGUUACAAUACAUGUAUUAGAAAUUAGUGAUUGUCAUUUCUCGCGUUACAGUGAUGGCAACUCUACUGUCAACAUAAAUGUUGUUAAUAUCUUGUCAGUCAUAAAAGAUUAACGGUUGCUGAAAUAAAAAUAAAUUAUACUUUUACGUUUCUUUGUAUUCUUCUUAGGUUGAGACAAUUGGUGAUUCUUACAUGGUGGUGUCUGGUCUGCCAAACCGAAAUGGUAUCAAACAUGCAGGAGAGAUAGCAAAUAUGUCUUUAGAUCUGUUAAGUGACAUGUGUAAUUUUAAAAUCAAACAUCAACCACAGAAACAGCUACAGCUACGAAUUGGGUUGCAUUCAGGUAAGUUAGGUUAAAUAGGUUUGACGUAAUAUCUCAGUAACGCGCGCGAGUUAUUCCUUUUGAUUUUUAAACACCUGGAAACAAAUCAUCUACUAAUAGUUUCUUUUAUCGAUCAUUGCUUACCAACGGUAUUUAAGACCCAUUCGUAAGAUAUUCAUAUGAUAAAAUAUAGUCACGUGAUUGGGCAAUUAUAUAACAAUAUAAAAAUUAAUAGCUCUUCUUCCUCAUGCUAACAAUAUUCCACGUUCGAUAUAUUAAAAUUCUAACAUGACACCGACACUUUUAGGGGACAAAAUUGCAACUGUUUUACGACUCCACAUCUAGCAAUUCCCAGAAGAGACUUGAGCACAAAAAAACCAAAUCAAAUCAGAAAGCCUUAGAGUCGUGUUAGAAUUUUAGUGUAUCGAGGGUGAGCUAUUGACAAUACAAGAUCAACUGAGGGCAACAGCGUGAAACCCGAACGGGCGACACCUCAAAUUUGAUUACUUUCUUUUACAUUGUAAAGUUGAUAAUCUUCGUUUGCAAGCGACUUCGUAGCUCCGUAAUUAAAUUCUGAUACGUCCUGAUUAACUUGCCGGCUGCCAUUUUUGUUUGCAAAUUGCGUAGGGACAAAUAGGCAAAAAAAUCAAUUUAUGUUAUUAUUUGUCUGUCAGGUUCAUGUGUGGCCGGAGUUGUGGGUCUUAAGAUGCCACGGUAUUGUUUAUUUGGUGAUACUGUAAAUACAGCCUCCCGAAUGGAGUCUAGUGGACUUGGUGAGUUAUCAUUGAAGUGACAGAAAUUAUUGAAAACGUUUAUUAUUCUAUUAAACAUACCGCAAUUUUGAGAUUGUGGAAGAACCUAACAUUGAUUGUAAUUGUCUUUGUGACAAAUCAGGCAACCGUUUUUUUUUAGCUUCCAUUAUUUGUAGCUACGCCACUAUUCCCGCGAGAGACUCCGCAACAAGAUAGUCUCGCAGUAGAGCCUAUAUAAUCCGCGGAAAUUUAAUAGGUGUCCGCGCAAUGUGUUUUUACUCUUCUUGUCGCGCCCCACCCUCCCCCACUGAUGAAUUAGCUCUCAUCCUAGAGCCGUACCGCCACGGACUGCUAAAAAACGUGAAGACAUUGUUGCAGAAAGACCCAUAAAUUUCUAGAUAUAAUUUCUUGUCUAAAGAAACAAAUUUAUAUAAUGGAUUGGCGCCCGAACCACUAAAAAAUAUGCAAAACUACAGAACAGCUAUCAGCUAUUUGGCAGUUGGUUAAACAUCUUUCUUUCUGUUUACAACAAAAAAGGGAAGGACGGACUUCAAACCUGUGCAGUGUUUGGUUUCCCAACGAUCAAUAACAGGGGUAGUGGCUUCUACCGGGUAACGAUCAAUAACAGGGGUAGAGGCUUCUACCGGGUAACGAUCAAUAACAGGGGUAGUGGCUUCUACCGGGUAACGAUCAAUAACAGGGGUAGAGGCUUCUACCGGGUAACGAUCAAUAACAGGGGUAGAGGCUUCUACCGGGUAACGAUCAAUAACAGGGGUAGAGGCUUCUACCGGGUAACGAUCAAUAACAGGGGUAGAGGCUUCUACCGGGUAACGAUCAAUAACAGGGGUAGUGGCUUCUACCGGGUGAUUGUUAAGUAUGCUUUUCUUUUCAGCUCUUAGGAUCCAUCUCAGUUCUCAAUGCAAAUCAUUAUUGGAUAUGAUCGGUGGUUAUCACACUGAGGAAAGAGGCUGGACCUCAAUGAAGGUAACAAUUAUCGUAUUUUUUUUUAUUAUUAUUAUUAAAGGAGCCCCCAACCUCUCUCUUACCUUCAAAAACAAAUUACCAUAGUUUUGUUUUGGUUUGCUUUGAACUUACCUAGAAAUCACGAAACGUAUUUCCACCUGACAUAGCCCAUAGAAGAAGAUCUUAAAGAGCCUUAUCAAAAGUAAUUUGAAGUAUAUGUCGUGGUUCAGUUUUAUCCUUAGUUCAAAUUUUAUUUUCCUUUGUUUUAAACUCAAAAUCAUACAUUACCAAACCCGAGAACAAAGGAAAAUAAAAUUUAAACCAAGGAUAAAAUUGAACCACAACACAUAUACUUGAUUCAAAAGAGGUCGAUUUGGGUAUUGGUCAAUUGCAACUCAAGCAAAUCAUUGCAAUGAAUUCCUGCGAAAUGCCCAAAUGCCCAAUGUCUAUCGCCAAUGACCCAUUUCCAAAGCAGCCUUUAUGGAAUUAGGUAUACAAGGCUGGUACUAAGGGAAUACAGCACGUUUCUGUUAUUUUUUGAUGUUCCGUCGUUACGCCACUCAAAAUUACACAUUUGGAUUUAUCUCACAGAAGACUUAUUUAUUUCAAUUUUACUUCACUCGAAAAAACGAUGUGGUUUUUUUCUUAUUUCUAUCUCUCAGGGAAAAGGAACAAUGCUAACCUAUUUCUUGAAUGGCCGGGACGGCUUUACCAAACUGCUACCGGAUCUUUGCAAGACAGCAUCAUUGGAAGAUCAUAACUUUAAAUAGGGCUUCUAUUCACGCACAGGAACAGUGAUUUCAGCGCGAUUUCUUUAAAGGAGCUAAACGGCGAUUUCUAAAGUGGAGAGUCACAUAUCGGAUAGGUGUUCAUACUAUAAAGGAUAGCAUUCGUGUCGGUCGCCAUGAAAAGCAGUCCAGUAUCGUGUGAGCAUAGCCUUAGAUACUGUGACCAGCAAUACUUUCUUUUCAUGACUUAUAUCUAUUAACUAAAGGUAUUAUUUUUGUUAAGAAAAAUUUAUCAGAAAAGAUGUCUUGGUGCAUUUUUUUUUAUUACCAGAAGGAUGAGACGACAUUUUAUCAGUAAGCGUAGGCAGGCGGAGCUAAAAUGUGCGGUUAAAUUGUAAAUUAAAUCAACCAAGUAAAUA